CAACAUCCCAACAGUGACACCUGUCAAUCAACUCAGUCAUACAAAAGUCUGUCAGAAGUAACGAGCUCGCGCUGAGACAAGGAGCCGAAAGGGCAAGGAAAGAUUUUGAUUGAAUUUCAGGGUCAUUGUGCUUACUCUCCUCCUACUUUGUCACUCGACUACUUCCUUUUGACGCCUCUUUCCACCACAAGCCGGAAUAACCCCAUCCCCCAUCUUCCAUCUCACUCUGUAUUCCAUUCCUUCCUUCCUUUCCGAAUCCUCCUCUCUAGCAUCGCCAUCGCUUCACUCCAUCAAUCCCUCUGAACGUUCUUGUGCAUAGAUCUUCGCAUUCCUUCGGAUCCCUCCCGGUCAGCCGGUGAUCAUCGACCGGUCACUCUUCACAAGGGAGUUCUUAUAACGAAGACGUUAGGCGACAUACCAAGCGAGUGACGAUCGAUUACUCGAGCAUUCUCUCGUCUUUGUCUAUUCUGUUUCAUACCUUCUCUGUUCUACUGGAUGUUCAUACGAUAGCCCACAUAUCCGCAACGAUUCACCGCCAUGUUGUCCUCAAGUCCUGCCGUCCCUCUCGAAUCCAUUGAAUUUGCCGACGACCAAAGACGUCGAUUAUCCCUCGUCACAGCCCAUGGACAACGCAUCCUCACCGCUCACGAUGGUUUACCGUCACCAGAACAUCUCACCCCGAUCAGCGGAACACCCGGCACGAGCGCACCGCCAAGCAGGGAGGGAAGUCGUAGGGGCAGUGAUAUUGAUGCUGUAAACGAUCUUCACCACCGCCACUUACCCACACAACCUCAUGGUCCAGGUCACUUUCAUUAUGCCAUGGGUGCAGGAUUGCAAAAAUUGAGAAGUAGGAGGGAGGAUGAUGAGCCUGCUCGCACUGCUUCUUCAAGAGACGUCUCUCCCACUCCUCGGGCGUUGGAGCAAAUUACACACCGUCCUAUCAUUCCCUCUGCACUCUCCUUUACCCCGGCCACACCUGAAGCUCCGGGCCCGGCUGCUCCAUCUCCCACUCCAUCUCUCCCUGUGACCGACUCGGAUCAUCUCCGAGUGGAGAACACUCCUCAGAGCAAGACGGCGCCUUCCUCACCGCAUCAGUCCCCACUCGCAACCAGACAUCCUAAGCAACACAGUGGGGCAUUGCACGACCUACGCAGAUUUCUCAAUCAUCAUGUCGUAGGGAGUCAUGACAAGCAUCAUCGCGAUAAAAAUGGUCAAGCUCCUCAAUCAGUCGCUGUAGCCGCUAUGAAUCAGCAUCUGAACGAAACUCCUGUUAAUUCGACCCCGGCAUCCCCGUUGCAUGGUGCAGCGACUCCUGCGAUGCAGAGGCGAGGAAGUAGCUUCAACGGGUUGGGAGCUUUACCCCCAAGUGUCGUCGCACCUCCCACUCAAGGCUCUGCAACACACGCUACCUCGCACACUCCUCCUAACGAGACCAAAGUGAAGGACCAUGGUGCACACAGUAAUCACUUGAUUGGCUUUAUGCGUCAUCAUCAUCGCGACAACGAAGGGGAGAAAUCACAUUCGUCGCUGGCAAGUUUCUUCGGGCAUCAUCAGGAGAAAAAGGAGAAAAAGGAGAAAAAGGACAAGAAAGACAAAGAUAAAAGUCAAUCGGCGGUUCAUACUCCCGCUGAAUCAAUCGUAUCCUCAGCAGCACCGAGUCGCACCACCACUAUCCACAUGGCGGAAGUCGAUCAUGCGCCGACAGCGACGACGGGUAUGACGGGCAUGACCUCUGCUCCUCAUUCACGUCCAGGUUCACAAGGUGGUUCCCCAGGUAGUACACCCCUUCACACUCCUGGCAUCGCCACUCCUAGAAACGCCAACGACUACCCGGGCGUACCCUAUCCUGUCGUUGCGCUUACUCACCCGUCUCUCCAUGAAGCCACUCACGCUCAUUUGUCGAAAAAGUACGGCAAGUGGGGUAAAGUGCUUGGAUCAGGUGCCGGUGGAACAGUCAGGCUCAUCAAAGCUGCUUCGAAGAACGGAGGAACUACAUAUGCUGUCAAGGAGUUCAGACCUAGGCGUCAAGGCGAGUCGGAGAAGGAGUAUCAGAGAAAAGUCACCGCGGAGUUUUGUGUCGGUGUAACGUUACGACACCUCAAUGUGAUCGAGACGGUUGAUAUUGUCAAUGAUCAUGGACACUUUUAUGAGAUCAUGGAAUACGCCCCUUAUGAUCUGUUCUCCGUCGUCAUGUCCGGCAAAAUGUCCCGUCCGGAGAUCUACUGCGUCUUUCGACAAAUCAUCGAUGGUGUACAUUAUCUCCACUCCAUGGGCUUGGCACACCGUGAUCUCAAGCUCGACAACUGCGUCAUGACUACCGAUAACAUUGUCAAGCUCAUCGAUUUCGGCACUGCUACGGUCUUUCACUACCCUGGUAAACAUCAGAUCCCCGCGUCUGGUGUAGUAGGAUCUGACCCUUACCUCGCCCCGGAAGUUUUGAACAAAGAGAUGUACGAUCCUCGUCUGACGGACGUGUGGAGUAUCGCCAUCAUCUUCAUGUGCAUGAUCCUCCGUCGGUUCCCUUGGAAGAUCCCAGAUUACAAAACGGACAUGUCUUAUCGGUUGUACGUCAACACUCAUCCCGAGUUAUGUCGUAAGCCGGAGACCAAGACACCCGCCCCGAGCGUUCUGAAUGGAAACGAAGCACACAGCCGGGUCGGGGGUCCACAUGCUUUGCUCGCCGAUGGAUCUAGUAGUUUACCAUUCCGAUCUCAAUCGUCAACUUCCACCAGUACGGCGGUCGAUAAACCGGAAGGCACCAAUUGUAUUACCUUGCCGGCUUCUUCAAUGACGGCGGAUUCGAACGCUUCGUAUAUCAGCACUGAUUCUGAGGAUAUCACAACUCCUCAUCUCGCCCAUUUGAAACUUCGAGAAAGCCCUGAAGCCUUCCAAGAUCCUUCCGACAGGUAUUUCCCUCGACCAUCGAACGGUGUGGUCUCUCGCCCAGCCUCACGUUUGCCGACUGGUGAUCUUGGCAAACGAGGAGAUACUGAACCAGUCCCGACAUCUCCUUCUGCGAGCGUCGCAAACCGAAGUGGUCUAGGCGUGAAUGCCGUGGACUUUGGUGUUGGUCGUUCCCGAGCAGUGUCAACUCCCUUGACACCUAGUUCUCCAGUACCACCUUCGUCAUCAACUGAAGAUGGUCAUUCGGACCCUGCAGCAAGACAAGAGAAACAAGCUCGUCGUGAACGUGCUGCCUCCAUAUCUUCCACUCGAACUUUUCAAUCUGGUGGGGCUGAAAGUAUCUUCCGAUUGUUACCACGAGAAUCCCGUUCGGCUAUCAUGCGUAUGUUAGCUGUCGAACCUUCCAUCAGAUGUACCCUCAGCGAUCUUUUAGUGGGGAGAGGGAAAGACGACAUGAUGUGUCUUUGUGGUAGUCCCGAAUGUGGUGGAGGUUUAUGUGCACCUCCAGCAGAGAUUACAGGUUUAACACCUGAUGAAGAGGAUGAUGGUGAUGAAUGGGUUAAAAAUAUCGAAACGUGUAGUCAUCUAUUAGGAACGGGUAUGACACCACAUCAUACUCAUAUCAAAGUGGUACCAGAAGAAAAACCAAAGAAGAGAUUGUUCCAUUAGUCUUAUAGAGUGAUUGUCAGGGUGAGGCUUUUUGGGGGGAAAGAGGAAUUAGAAGUAGACAUUUUAUAGGGUGUCUUGUAUCAACGUCUGUCCGGAUCGAUUAUACUCGUUGACAUGAAGCUUAGAUCGGUUAGUUGAUGAGGUUGUAGGAUGGGGAAAGGGGUAAGCAAGUAUGGAGAGGGCUUGAAGUGAGGAGGCAGGGUGCAAGGGUCAGAGAUCUCUGCGAUGUAUGCGUCUUGUUGAAG